AUGUGGUCGUUAUUACUUUUCGUUAUCAUUGGGCUCUUUGGUUCUGAAAUAUCUGUGGACGCUCUAAAUUGUACAAUUCGUCCAAAAGGAAAUCCAAAAUUUCCGAAAAAUUUUAAAUUUGGUGUUGCAUCAUCAGCUUUUCAAAUUGAAGGCGCUUGGAAUGCAGAUGGUAAAGGAUUAUCAGUUUGGGAGGAAUUCACACAUAAAUAUCCUGAUCUAAUUAAGGAUGGAUCAAAUGCUGAUGAUUCAGUAGAAUCGUAUCGAUUAUUCGAUUCGGAUUUGAAAAUUUUGAAGGAUUUAGGGGUUGAUCAUUAUCGAUUUUCCAUUGCAUGGCCACGAAUCUUCCCAACUGGUUCCGUUCAUUUGAGAAACCAAAAAGGAAUCGAUUACUACAACGAUGUUAUCGAUAAACUUCUAGCAAAUGGAAUUGAACCAAUUGUUACAAUGUUUCACUGGGAAAUGCCCGUCGAAUUACAAAAGUUCGGUGGAUUCUCCAAUUCACUUAUCAUUGAACAAUUCUUAGACUAUGCAGAAGAAUUGUUUAAAUUAUUCGGAGAUAGGGUCAAAACAUGGUUAACAAUCAAUGAACCAAAAGAGCUUUGUAAAGCAGGAUAUGGAAAUGGAAGAUCACCACCAUCGAUUGUUGCUCCUGGCGUUGGAGAUUAUUUGUGCUUCACUAAUGUGCUUAAAGCACAUGGUGCAACUUAUCGCAUGUAUCGAGAGAAGUUCUAUGAAAAACAACGUGGACGAAUUGGGCUUCCUUGUAAUGUUAAUUAUCUUUAUUCUAAGGCGAAUAAUACGGAUGAAGUUGCUAAGGCAAUGGAUUUUGAAUUCGGAUUAAUGGCACAUCCUGUUUAUAGCAAAACUGGUGAUUUUCCUCCAACUGUUUUGAAAGAUGUUGAAAAGAACAGUCUGGCAGAGGGCAGAAAAAGGUCUCGCCUUCCAAGACUUGGCAAAUAUUGGACAUCAGUCAUAAAAGGUUCAUCGGACUUUCUGGCAUUAAACUAUUAUACGGCAUUGCAAAUUGAACCGUUAGCUGGACAAGUUAAUGCAGAUCCAUUAUUUGAUGAUAAAGAUAGCAGCUUUGUGACUUCUAUGUUUGAAAAUUGCCCGCGUGCAGCGUCUGUUUGGCUUUAUUUUGUUCCUCAAGGAUUGGAAGAUCUAUUGAAGUACAUUCGAGACAAAUUUGACAAUAUAGAGGUCAAGAUUACAGAAAACGGUUGGUCAGACGCUGGAGGACGUGAUGAUUAUAUGCGUAUUGAGUAUCAUAAGAAUCAUAUGCAAGCUAUUUUAAAUGCUAUUAAUGAUGGAUGUAAUGUAACUUCUUAUGGCCCGUGGAGUUUAAUGGAUUCUUUUGAAUUUACAAUGGGAUACACAGAAAAGUUUGGUUUCUAUGCUGUGAAUAUGACAAGUCCAAAUAAAGAACGUACACCCAAGAAAUCGGCCGAGUAUUACAAAAAGAUCAAUUAUGAAAAAGAUCUCUAUGUUUGA